AUGGACGCCACCACGCGAUGGAAUUCAUCAUUGGAUAUGCUGGUUCGUUACCUGGAGCAGCAGACUGCUAUAGCAGCAACGCUCACCAGUCCAGAAAUAAGACAAAAUGCCCGAAACAUUGACACACUGGAUACCUGCGACAUUGUCAAUGCCGAAUUUCUUGUGAAGCUGCUGAAUCCUUUAAAGACAGCUACCUCUGUCUUGUGUGAAGAGAAGAGGCCCACAGUGUCACUCAUCGUGCCACUGAAGAACAUGAUAGAACAAAACAUGGCACCAAAUGACAUUGAUUCCCCUACUGUGGCCGACACAAAGAGAGCAAUUCUCAGCAAUAUUUCAGGCAGAUACAGUGGGGAUGUAUACAACUACCUGCUGGAGAGCACUGCGCUGGACCCAAGAUUCCAGUCUCUACCGCAGCUAGACUGCAAUCAGCGUGAGGCAGUCUUUCAGAGGAUACAGAAAAGGGUGGAACAGUUGCAGCAAAACCAGCCCACAGAUGAGAAGAGUAUGGAGCGCAAGGAAGAGGCAUCAGUUCAUUGUUCCACACAUGGGGGCGAGGGGGCUCUUGAAGCUGAAGGCAGAGCUGAGUCAGAAGAGGAACCUGCUUCCAAGAAGACAGCACUUGAGGAUCUGCUAGGGACUCUUUCUCGAAGACAGAACAGCCCAGCAAAGGAAUUGAGAGGGAAACUGAACUUUACAGAAGAGAGGCAUCUAUCCCACUUAGUUGCUGCCCUCUGA